AUGUCCGUUUGCAAGGAAAAACCCGACAAUCUCCCUGCUCUUGAUGCUAUCGGUCUUGAGCCACCUUCUCAACCACCGUUCCCCAUUAUUCGUACUCAGUCUGGGCGCGGUACCAGACCGGGCAACAUAGUGCGUUCGACCUCUGUUGGUCUAGGAGCUGGAUUUAAAGGAGCUCCUACUCCUUUCGGUGGAAUGGGCAACUUUGGUACAGCUGGAUCUGCCAGCAAGCUGUCUAGUGAAGAGAGGUUCCAGCUUGCCAAUCCUGGUCGUACUGUGUCGAUGAGUGGUGCCGGUACUCCUUUCCGUCCCCAGGGUAUACAACGGACUACCAGUUCUGGUGGACCUGGUUCACAGUUACACACUGGCCGCACCAGGAGUAAACGUGGGGAUAAACGUCCCGAUGCCAAUAAGGCUCCGCCUGGGGCACACCACCAACAGUACGGUCAUGCGGGUACAACGUAUGGACCUGGUGGUAUUCCUCUUGAACCUGUCGCUCCAUUGCAAUUGUCCGAGAACCGAUGGGACAGGAAAGCCAUCGCGAAUGUUGAUCAAGACUCUCCUGAGAUCGUUGAUCGCAAAGUUAAAUCUUUGCUGAACAAACUAACGAUGGAGAAGUUCGACUCGAUCUCCGAUCAAAUUAUCGCUUGGGCGAACAAAUCAGAGAAGGAGAAGGAUGGACGAACGUUGAUUCAAGUCAUUCGUCUCGUUUUCGAAAAAGCAACCGAUGAGGCAACCUGGUCAGAGAUGUAUGCUCGCCUUUGUCGAAAAAUGAUGGAACAGAUCAGUGCCAAAGUUCAGGAUGAUGGCAUUAGAAAUGCGGAAGGGAAGCCCAUUGCAGGCGGUAAUCUCUUCCGUAAGUACCUGCUCAACAGGUGCCAGGAGGACUUCGAACGCGGUUGGUUCAAUAAAGAGGCUACCGCUGCUGCUGCUGCCACAAAGGCAAUAGAGGAACAAGCAAUGAAAGCUGCCAAUACGACGAAGGAGGAGGAAGAGGUUGCCCUAUACUCCGACGAAUAUUACGCUGCUCAGAAGGCGAAACGUCAGGGUCUCGGUCUCAUCAAGUUCAUUGGUGAACUUUUCAAACUGCAGAUGCUUACGGAGCGUAUUAUGCACGAGUGUGUCAAGAAACUUUUGGGCAACGUGGAGAACCCAGAAGAAGAAGAAAUCGAGUCGCUGUGCAAGCUUCUCAUCACUGUUGGCCAGAUGCUUGAUACGCCUAAAGCUCGUGCACACAUGAAUGUCUACUUUGACCGCAUGAAGGAGUUGACGAAGAGUACCAAUGUCAACUCCCGUAUGCAAUUUAUGUUACAGGAUGUUAUUGAGCUCCGUGAGCGGAAAUGGCAGCAGAGGAACGCCGUCGCAGCACCUACUACACUCGCUAAAAUUCACGAAGCAGCUGCGAAGGAGAAGGCUGUCGCAGAGAAAGAUGCGUACGCCCGGCAAAUGAACACUAGCAUGUCCCGCACUGGUUCGCGUCGUGGCGGAGAUAGAAACGACCACCAAGCCGGCGCUGAUGGCUGGACUGUUACUGGCAAUGCUCCUCGUCCUCCCGCCAAAGUCGGAGAUUUGUCGAAGUUCGGACAAAUCAGCAAGGGCGCACCAAUGACGUUUGGGCCCAGUAGCGUAUUUGCGGGCAAGAAAGAGAGCAAGCGCGAGUCACUUUCGAGGACAAACUCCAAUGCGAACAUGUUCCAAAUGCUCCAAAACGUCGAGGCUGCUGAAGUUGCUACUAAAACGAGCAGGCCUCCCAGCCGGAAGCCAAGUGUUGAUUUGGGAUCAGGUGGUGCACCUGAGCCUGCACCCCAACGGAAACGUCUCAACUUGCUACCUCGAACGAAGCCUGUCGAUCAGGAUUCUGCUCCCCAACAGGAGUCGGAUUCUGAAGAGGAGGAGGAGAUUACGGACGAACCCGAGCAGGAAAUGUCGGAAGAUGAAGCCAAGAAGAAGAUUUCCGAGGAUACCAAGGAAUUCUUCGGUGUUCGGAGCCUUGACGAGGCAGAAGUUUACUUUGAAAAACUUCCCUCAAUGUACCACCAUAGUCUUGUCGACAAACUUGUCACUCUUGCCAUCGAGUCGAAGGAAGCUGAUGCAAGAUUGGUUGGCGAUUUCUUCGAACGGGCUUCAUCGAAGAAGCUUUGCUCAGCUUCAGCGUUCGAAGAGGGCUUCCUCGGUAUUGCGGAAUUUUUGGACGACAUCGCUAUCGAUGCUCCAAAAGCUACUGAUCUUUUGGCCAUAAUGAUCAAGGGUGCUGACCUCGGGGAAGAGCAACGGACGAAUAUUGCUUCGAAGUCAGCCGAGAACGGGGACAAGCUUCUCAAGCUCUCAUCAUAG